CUGACGGCCUGACGUCAUUUCCGGGUGACUCCACGGGCCCGGCGAUGAUGCUUCUGCUGGCACACUGAUUUACUAUUCGGAUAUUUUCAUAUUUUUUACAGCCCAACACAUGCAGGGUUUAGCCACGAAGAAGCUAGCGUGAAUAAUUAAUCAAUAAGUGUUCUCAGGUCUUGAUUCGGCCUCCUAAAACCGUCCCGUUCAUUGAGCGACCCCGCAACCAGACGAAAAGGUCUGCUACUCUACCCCACCCAAAAGACCACCGUCUCACCCCCUGCCCGGGCCCUCAACAUUCAACCGGCCGCCCCCCAACUUGCUGUUCACCCUCGCCUAGAAGCAGGAGAGGAGUCCCCUGUGCCCCCCCUCCCCUCCCCCCCCACCCCCACCCCUCUCUGACCGUCUCCACCCUCCUGCCCUCCCUCACGACAUCGGUACCUGGGCGUUGCGAGGGGAUCCCUGGCUAUGAAGCUGAAGGAGGACAUGAACCCCCUGCUGCUGCAGGUGUUCCGAUCGGUGGUGUGGGUGUACUCCGUCAUCACCUUCCUGCCCUGGUACUUCCUGUCGGGCACGAGCACCAGCCUGGAGCGGGCGCGCCGGCAGAAGGCCCGCUCCAUCACGGGCCACACGGCGGGGCCCUACAGGGCCAUCAACAGCCAGCAGGGGCUGGCGGCCGCGCUGUACCCCGGGCUGGACACCCUGGACAAGGUGUUUGAGCGCGCGGCCACGCGCUUCCCGGCCCGGCACUGCCUGGGCACGCGGCAGCUGCUGAGCGAGGAGGACGAGCUGCAGCCCAACGGGAAGGUGUUCAAGAAGGUGAUCCUGGGAGACUACAACUGGCUGUCCUACCAGGAGGUCUACCAGGCAGCCAAGAGCUUUGGCUGUGGCCUGGCGGCGCUAGGCCAGAAGCCCCAGUGCAACAUCGCCAUCUUCUGCGAGACCAGAGAGGAGUGGAUGGUGGCGGCGCAGGCCUGCUUCAUGUACAACUUCCCACUCGUCACUCUGUACUCCACCCUGGGACCCAACGCCAUCGCCCACGGGCUGAACGAGACGGAGGUCACCCACAUCAUCACCAGCAGAGAGCUGCUGCAGAGCCGCCUCAAGGCCAUCCUGUACGAGGUGCCCAGGCUGCAGCACAUCAUCUUGGUGGACCGGAAGCCGGCCAGCUGGCCCGACAUGCCCAGGGGCAUCGUGGUGCUCAGCAUGGACGCAGUGCAGGAGAUGGGGUCCAAGCCCAGCAACAUGGCCGCGACACGCAGGCAGCCAGCGCCGUCGGACAUCGCUGUCGUCAUGUACACCAGCGGCUCCACAGGCAUCCCUAAGGGCGUGAUGAUCUCCCAUAGCAACAUCAUCGCCAGCAUCACCGGCAUGGCCGAGCGCAUCCCCAACCUCGAUGAGACGGACGCCUACAUCGGCUACCUGCCCCUGGCCCACGUCCUGGAACUCAGCGCAGAGCUGGUGUGCAUCUCCCACGGCUGUAGCAUCGGGUACUCCUCCCCACAGACCCUCGCUGACCAGUCUACCAAGAUCAAGAAGGGCAGCAAGGGUGACACCAGUGUGUUGAAGCCAACUCUCAUGGCUGCUGUACCGGAGAUCAUGGACCGCAUCUACAAGAAUGUGAUGACCAAAGUAGAGGAGAUGAGCAGCUUCCAGCGGUCCCUGUUCGUCCUGGCCUACAACUACAAGAUGGAGCAGAUCUCCAAAGGCUACAGCACACCUCUCUGUGACAGGUUUGUGUUUAAGCGGGUGCGCGCCCUGCUGGGGGGGCAGACGCGGGUGCUGCUGUCGGGCGGAGCCCCGCUCUCUGCUGCGACGCAGCGCUUCAUGAACAUCUGCCUGUGCUGCCCGGUGGGCCAGGGCUACGGCCUGACGGAGACCUGCGGGGCUGGCACCAUCAGCGAGGCUUGGGACUACAGCACGGGGCGGGUCGGUGCACCUCUGGUGUGCUCAGAGUUCUCCCUGAAAGACUGGGAAGAGGGAGGGUACUACAGCUCAGACAAGCCCAACCCGCGUGGGGAGAUCCUGAUCGGGGGGCCCAACGUCACCAUGGGCUACUACAAGAACGAGGCCCGGAACCGCCUGGACUUCUUCGUGGACGACAGCGGCCAGCGCUGGUUCUGCACGGGCGACAUCGGGGAGUUCCACUCCGACGGCUGCCUCAAGAUCAUCGACCGUAAGAAGGACCUGGUGAAGCUGCAGGCAGGAGAGUACGUGUCCCUGGGCAAGGUGGAGGCGGUUCUGAAGAACUGCUCCCUCAUCGACAACAUUUGUGCCUACGCCAACAGUGAGGAGUCGUACGUCAUCAGCUUCGUGGUGCCCAACCCCAAGCAGCUGAUGGCCCUCGCCAAGCAGCGCCAGGUGCAUGGCAGCUGGGAGGAGAUCUGCAACAACCCCGAGAUGGAGAGAGAGGUCCUCCGCAUCAUCACCGAGGCCGCCGUCUCAGACAAGCUGGAGCGCUUUGAGAUCCCCAAGAAGAUCCGGCUGAGCGCCGAGGCGUGGACGCCGGAGACGGGCCUGGUCACCGACGCCUUCAAGCUGAAGCGCAAGGAGCUGAAGUCACACUAUCAGGAGGACAUCGAGAGGAUGUACGGCGGCAAAUAACACACACGCGCGUAUUUAUACACAGAAACACACACAGACACACACAGACACAGAUACACACACAGGCCACUUCCCCGGACUACAUGGCCGCCUAGUUCACAGAACAGCUCGUACACUCCUAACACACACACACACACACACACACACACACACACACACACACACACACACACACACACACACACACACACACACACACACACACACACACACACACACACACACACACACACACACACACACACACGUCCUCUCUUUGGCUUCCCUGCCAACAGCUUGGAUCAAAACGGGGAGGAAGACAUGAAUCCUGCGGAGAGAUAUUCGUUCCAGACUUAAAGCGGUAGCAGGGCAUCUGACGACGCUUAGCCCCCCACCAGCCAACCAUACACAAACACACACACACACACAUAGUCACAUGCAGGGUGCCCGCGCAGCUUCCCUUGGCCCAUGUAGCUUAUAUGGUUGCCAUGACAACCAAGGCAACGCAUAGAUACACGCGAGCAGGGAAUGUAUGGUUGGAUUUGGACUUCUGCACAACCCCAGAGGAAAGAAAAAGGUUUGUGUGUGUGUGUGUGUGUGGGUGUGGGUGUGGGUGUGUGUGUGGGUGGGGCGGGCACUAUGGAGGGAGGUUGUGUUUAGGAAACUCUCUUGGCUUUAAUUCACAAUUCAGGUUGAAUUCAUGCAGGGAUGUCUUACUCUGUUGGCUGAUUAUGGGAGCGGUUUUCUUCAUUGUUGUCAUUUGUUGCUUUUAUAUUUUUUUUGGGUGAUAAGAGGUAUGUGUGUUGUUGUUUUUUUACUGGUCUGUUAUUCUGGAAAGCCCUUUUUGAUAAUUAAUUUCCCUGUUGAGGAACCAGCGUUGCAAAGCCAUGAGAGAUUGAUCACAAGCCUGUCCUUUAAUGUGUGUUUUUUAAACCGUUCGGCCCCCUCCCUAGUGUGCUCCUUGUUUACUCCUGUUGCAUUGACUGGUAUUCUUUCUUUUGUAAAACCGUUCUUUGUGAUAGCCUUGCUCCAUUAGUACCUACUUGCGUCCCAACAUCUUUUUUUACAACUGUGUGUUUACCUGCUCAAGUCACUUGAAGGAGUCAUGGAGCAAGUCGUCUGCCCUCUUUUAUAUAGUCUUUAUAUAACCUACUAAUAAUAAGCUCAUUCUAACACUGAGUGGCCGUGGCGCCCCGACCUCUCCUCCACGGCCCCUGGACUUCCUGUCUCAGCAGCGCCCCACGCCAUGGAUCACAUGACUAGGCCCAUUUACUUUUGAAUCCCUUGCAAAGGAAGGACUCUGGUUCAUUUCGGUCCUGUGUUGGUUUAUUACUGCCAACUCCUUACGAAUCCGACUUUAACGUAUCGCUAAGGUCGCCAUAGGAACCACGGCAGGCCCAGAUAUGUUUUGACACAUGAGUGAGCCUCUAAUUCUCCUUCUUCAUUCGCUGUGCAUUCAAGUGUUCCAGGGUUGCUCUUCUGACUGCUUCUCGUCGCACAAGGUUUAUGUAAUAUCUUGUUUUGACCAUAGGUCUAGUUACUGUCGCCUAUAUUACUGUUACCUAUAGUUCUAAAAAAACAAACAAUUUGAAUGUGCAAUAUUUAGCCAAAAUUUGUAAUCGGAAAAAGAAGAAAAAUGCCACAGCCACUCCAUAAUGUAUGGAUGUCAUGGCUUUAUUGUUUACAUUUCAGAGGUCUGUACGAUGGCAGGAAAACAAUGUGAUGUGGAUGGUAGAUGAGACACACUAGCUAGAUAUAGCCAAUCUGUACGGGCGUUUUACAAAGUGCUGUUGGAGCCAAUGUGUCGUGUCAAGUAAAACAUAAAAGUACUAUUGCCACUGUAAAGAAUGAAAUUGCAUCUUAAAAGUAAACAAAGGGGUGCAGAUUUACCAAUGCAUUUGAAUAUGGAUUAUAUUUAUGUAAAUAUGAGACUGAAUUCCCUCCGAAUUAGAUCAUAGUGCGUGAGAAUAAAAAUAUGUAUCUGUG